AUGACUAUCAACACACGCCAAAUUUUCAUCCAACUACUCCUUACAUUCUUUGUUACCAUUGCUGCAGGAGGUACUGAAUCUAAAAAGACACGUGUCAGUAGUACUGGCUUGAAAAAUUACAUUGUCCAUGUAAAGAGACAAGUAGCUUCGCUAUCUACAGUAAGCAGCGAAGAUCUGAAGGCAUACCAUCGAUCAUUUCUUCCCUUUAAUAUUCGUCUUGCAUCCUCGGAGAAAGAUGAACCAUUACUUUACUCAUACCAAAACGUGGUCAGUAGUUUUGCAGCAAGACUCACUGAUGCCGAUAUUGAAGCCAUGAGUAAAAGAGAUGGGUUUGUAUCAGCUCGUGAAGAAAGAAUCUUGAAGCUUCAGACGACUCAUACCCCAAAAUUCUUGGGUUUGCAUCAGAAAUCAGGAAGUUGGAAAGAAUCCGAGUUUGGGAAGGGUAGCAUCAUUGGAAUAUUAGAUGCUGGGAUUAUACCAAAUCUGUUGGGGUUGGAAAACUCUUCUAUUAAACACUAA